AUAACCACAUCAGAGACAAAAUAGGCAGAAGUUAACAGAAAAACCAUAAUUCACCAAUCACUUUCAGAUCAUCAGAACAAUCAAUUAAAUUUCAAGUAGGCAUGCUCAAUUUAAUGAAAAGCAUAAAAAUUUCACUUCAAAUCAAUCAUACUUACUUUUGUAUAAAACGGGUUUAGUCCCGCCAUCACUUCAAAAACAAGUCAAAACAUGCUUUUAAAAACUAGAGAAUGGAUGACAUGGGCAUGUGUUGCGAUAUCGUUAUCCGAGGCCAAGCUUCGUUGGCUGACGAGGGUAGUCCUGGUUGUUGUUGCCCAUUGGGCACCACACCACCAUGCACAGGCAACCAUCAAGGGACCGUCGGCCGUUACUUGAUGGAUUUUCAUUGUUGGAGGGUAGCCAUCCCGUCUGAUUGCAAGGUUGCAAUUGUUACCAGCCUCAUGCUAAUCGUACCGAGUUGUGCUGACUCUUUGUCCAUUUUCGGGAGCUAGUGGGAUAGAUAUGUAGCAAAUCUAGUCCUUUAUCCAUUGCUGGGAGUUGUGUAAGUGUAAUAUGAUUAGCCCAUCAUCCAUUGAUGGAAACUAGUGAUAAAGAUAUAUAGGAGUG